UGGGAGCCGUGCUAUAAACCAGCGAUUUAAUAACCCACAGAGAAGUUAGACCGUCAAAGCUCGAGACGCGGAACUGCAGCUGCCGGCGCGGCGCGGCGCGGCGCGGUGUGUUGGUUUAAAAAUUGCAGUUCCAGCCAGGCCGACACGUGGGGGCCUUUUUUACGACUGAUUUGAUGUUGUGGCAGCCGCAGAGCUCUGUGACGGACAGAACCGUUCGCCGUUACGGAGGUUUAAAAGCAGCAGUAAAAGGACCUUCGGAGAGCGGUGCGCUGUUGCUGUAUCGCGGCCGCGUACACAGGACAAGCGGAUGCGAUAUGGAUCUACGGUUCAGGCAGAUGUACAGCAUUGGAAAACAAGUGAAAGUCGAGGUAAAAGGUGGACAGAGAUCUCACAAGCAACAGCUAAAUGUUGCCAUAAGAGAAGACGACAUUCCGGUGUUCGAAACCAGGCUCCACCCUUAACGAAACUCGUCGAACUUACCCCGAAGCAAACACUCGCCAUUGAAACAACAACGAUAAAUCUCGGCCGGUCGGUAUACCUUAAACUCGAAAAUACAGUAAUUUCGUGGUUGUAACCGCGCGUGAACUCGAAAAGUCAUUGAAAAUGAAGGGGAAUUACCGGCGUAAUCUAUCUGCAACGUCGAAAACCCAGGCGGGACGUUGUUGUACGGAAGAUUCGUUGGUAGCCGAGGUCGUGUGCGGAGCCUAAAUGGUAGACGUUCGGCUAUAUUUUAUCCUUUCUUCUUGCUUCUUCAACUCGUCUACCAUUUCCCGCUGGCUCUCUAUAACAUUUCAUUAUUACGAGUCGGCCACGCCAUCCAUGAUUUAUCUGCAGGCGAGCGUUUUCUCUGCGAAAGAGGGUUCGCGUGGAGGCAGAGAUGUCUUGGUGACUCCGUCACGAAACAACGGAGCCGAGCAACGUGGAAAACGCUGGCGAACAACGUGAGGGAAACGGGCAAACCGUGGGCCGGCAAGAACCGCGCUCGUGCAUGGAGUACGUAAUUAAGAAAAUGAAAUCACCAUGAGAUUCACGUUUACGGCUGCGACUUCGAGAAUACGUCGGCCCUUUUUUCUCUCGUCGAUUCGCUUCUUUGUUCAUCUGUGCUACCUGCAAUUAACGAUCGCUUUAUCUAGCAAGCUUCCCGAGACCUGGAAACGGCGAUCCGCUGAUAAUUCAAUGAUUUUAUGGAACCGAACGAUGCGAACAGACUCGGUGCUGGACAAACGCGAAUAAGACGCUCGACAUGUGUACACUGCCGCUCAAAAGUAUGUACCAAUUCUAUAGAAACUGCGACGUAUAAUGUUCAGACUGCGGAACUUUAUGCAAAAUAAAGAUUGUCCGUGCGAUUUUGUUUCUCUCAUGAAUAAGUUUAAUAAGUUGUAAUUAUCAUGUCAACAUUUUUUAGUUUCUUCUAAUUUAUCACUAUUUCACCUAUGCUGUUUCAAUAGUUUGAUAGUUUAAGGAAAGGUUACAGCGAUGAGACAUCGUCGAUUUAUGUUAAAAGUUACGAGACACCGGAGCUUUCUUCGAACCCAAGUUUGUUUAAUAAGAUCCUUGUCACUUGUUUCGAUAAGAAUUCAGCAAACUCUACACAUAAAAAAAGCUUAGACAGUUCGUUAGUACAAAAAUCUUCAUUAUUACUUGCACAAGGUAUAACAAUUGCUGUUUUUAGAACGGUACAAUUUUAUAAAUACUGCUUUAUGACAAAGCUUGAUACGGAUAACUGACAAUGAUUCAUAUUAUACUGAUAAAAUAAUUAUCACUUGCUUCUAUAACGCUUACGCUACGGGCUAUAAACCUUAGAAAGUACGAUAUUAUAAAAAUCUUCGAUUUUAAUUGCACAAGAUAGCUUACAGGUUAUAAAGCGUUCCAUUAUUGCAUCAAUUUUGACUACUUCGUUAGUAGUACUACUUAGUUCUACUACUAAAACUUUCUACAAGAGUACUUUCUACUGCUUGCAGCAUUUCGUGCUGAAAGCAGAACUUAGGCGACUCAUUGCAACAAAAUUGUAGCAUGUCUUCAUUCUAAUUGGUCGCUUUAAUAGCGCAACUGCUCAUUGCGUCACUAAAAGACGUAAUCAAGCUAUCAUCUCGAGACGAACGAGAAAUACUGCGCUUCCAUUUCCAUUGAAUUAUUCGUUGAUAUAAAAAAAGCGAUGUCGAUUUGAUCCAUCGAAAAGUAAUAUUAACAGGUGUACCUCGACACGUUACACACAAUACAUCGACGACUGCUCGACGCUUUUAAAGACUCUACAAUUCAAAUUUAAAAAUCCACUUCGCUGAAGUCGAUAGCAACAAUAGCAACGUUGAUUAUAUUAUCAAUCGAUGAAUCAUCGCUAGCGAUAAAAUCAAACCAUUCCUUUCGAGAUCGUUAUGGACUAGUCCACGAACGUUAAGCCAUCGAGUUUAGUCUUGCCACAGUACCUCAAACUCAGUCUCCAGACCCGAGAGAUUUUUCAAGAUCCUGGUAUUUUGGUGUCAUUUGCUGGCACUUUGUAGUUCUUCAAGCCAGAUGACGGCUUUUAUCAGUGAUUCGUUGUCGAAACUCAUCAUGGCCGCGGAGGACACGCAACGCGUCAAAAUUCUCUGCAAGAAGAUAGCUGGGAUCAGCAACCAGCUGACUGACUUCGAGGAGUACCUGCGAACAUUCCAGGAUGAUCCAAACGCAACUGAAUUAACCUGCAGGCUUCAACGGCUGAAGGACGUUUACGCUGGCUGCGACGACAUCCAAGCAGAAUUGGAGGUUCUUCAAGAAGGCAUAAACGUAGAGAUAGUACGCUCCGCCUUGGAGAAGCAUUACAUACGAGUAGUCACCGCAGCAGAGGUGCUGCGGUCGAAAUUCAAGAGCACCGAUUCGAACAAUAGAGACAUUGUUCAUUUUGAGAAAUUUCUUCGUUUUGACGGCAAAUUCGAGGAUUGGCUGUCUUUCAAACAUAAAUUCUUAUCGGUAAUCGACAACCACGAUGGACUCUCUGACGUGCAAAAAUUCAAAUUACUUUGCACGGCAUUAUCCGGUGAGCCAGCCAAUGCCAUCAAUGCACUGGCAAUGACCAAUGCCAACUACCAUAAAGCUUGGCAAAUGCUUGAAGAUACGUAUACCCAUAAGAGACUCACCGUCGAACGGCAUGUGGAGCUUCUUCUAGAAACGGCUCCCGUAACCAAGGAAACUGCAAGCAAUUUACGAGUUUUCGUAAAUCACAUCCAGCAUCAUCUUCGGUCCCUCACUGCUCUCAACGUUCCAGUCCAGAAUUGGGACGCUCUUCUUCUCCCUAUUCUGCUGCCCAAACUCAAUCAGGAGACGAGGACAGCCUUCGCCGGCACGCUCAAGGGCAAGCAGAUAACCAAAAUCGAGACGCUGCUCAUGUUCCUCUCACAACGUGCGAAGGCACAGAUUGAUGAUUCCCCUAGCCUCAUUCCCCUUCGUUCUUCUGGUUGCCGACAGCGGACAGAGAGAAUGAAAGAGAGAGAAACUCAGGGCAGUCGAUGAAAAAGGACAGCGACCAGUAUGUCGGUGUACAUUAACAUCUUAAUGGCCGCUCGCACAACAUGUAUGUGAUGCUUUAAUAAUCAUCACACAAAGGAAAAAUAUUCAAUUUAUUGUAUUAAAUAUGUUGUUAUUAUUGUUGUAUACGUCACCUUUUACUUUAACACUUAAAAAUCUAUUUAGUGUAAUUUUUUGAAGAAUGCAUCAAUUAUAUGGUUAACCAAAUUUAUCUUGUUUAUAUUAUUAAUAAGGUAUAUCAUAAUUGCACUACUAAAAAGUGUAUUAUAAUUACACUAUUAAUACUUUGACCGCCACAGCACCCACAUCUGGGUGACAGAGUUAUUUAAAAUUUAAUUUUCGAAAAUUAAUUUCUUUGCUAUAGUCCACUGUAAUUUCUUAAUUUUAUUAAAAUUCACAAGAGGUAAGAAUGUUUGAAAAGUAAUGUAUGUCACAUGCUAUGUAAUGUUUAUGUGUAUAUUUCACUGAAUAAAAUACUUUAAUUUCAUGA